UCCCGCAGAGUCCUCACAGCCGGGUAACUGGAGGACCUUCCCAGAGUGCCCCUGGAUUGGCGGUAGGGCCUGUCUACUGUGUCUCGUUGGCAGAUAGCGUCGCGUGCCAGCGAGCCCGUCACAGUUUUUCUCUGCAAGAAAAGUUAUUGGGUAGCGCCGCCGUGCGGCCUUUCUUUCUGCGGGUGGCGGUGGAGGAGAGGGGUGCGCGCUCCUGCUGGUUGUCUACCGUUGCCGGGAAGGGACAUGUGACCAGGGGAACGGGCUCUGAGUAGAACGCGCUGUGGAAGUGGCCUGCUCCUUCUUCCUCCUGUCGCCGCGCGAGGCCUUCAUCCAGGAGGAUAUCAGACGCGCCACAGAGGCGCGGAAGGGCCAGAGUCUCUAUGUUGACGCCGCAAUAACGGGGCCUCAUACCAACUUGCUUCGUUUAGUCGCUCCCUCUAAGGUGCCGUCAGGUUGUGUUUCUUAAGACGAAAUGAAGAAUAAAAAGCAAUGUAUACAAAAUGCUGCAGAUGAAAAACAUGAAGACACAGAAGGUGAAGAGAAUGAAGAAAACUGUUCCUGUUCUAGCAUUUUAUCAGAUGAAGAUGACAGAUGCCCAAUCUGUCUAAACUGCCUGGCAGAGCAGGAAGUUGGUUUUCCUGAAAACUGCACUCACAUCUUCUGCAUGACCUGCAUCCUUAAAUGGGCUGAAACCAGGGCUUCAUGUCCAGUUGACCGCAAACAGUUCCAAGCUGUAUAUAAACUAAAUACAUUGGAAGACUGUAUAAAGGUUCAAGUAAAGGAACAAGUAAGCAAAAAAGAUGACCUACUUAGCUGUAAUGAGGGCAAGUAUUGCCCUAGGAAUAUGAAAAACUGCACAAGAAAAAAAGAAAAUGCAGGCAAAAGAACUUUAACAGCAAUCUCCUGUAAAGGCUGGAACCAAAAACACAGUUCUUCAAGUGAGGAAGAAGAUAAAAAUUCCAUGUCUGUGAAGAAAACUAAGCCCAGAAGACAGACAUGCUCAAACAGAUUCUUCAGAAGUAACUUCUGUGAUAGAUUUUCCUCUAGUAGUAGUUUCACUGGAGAAUCUCCUAAUUACCCAAAUGAAUGUAUAGAGAUCAGCAAAAUUGACACUGUUAUUGGACAUAAGAGAAGAGAACUGGAGCUGUCAUGUUCUGUACUAGCUAGCGUGACAAGAAUCCCUUCCAUGUGCUAUGAAACAGAAAUGACAACCUGUCGUCUGGUUUCCACUGUUGUAGUGGGAACUCUUUUUUCAAUAAGUACUUCGCCUUUGGAAAACUUUGUGUCUUCAAAAAAAGGGCAUGUUGUUACAUAUGUCCAGGAAGGAGAGGAGAAAAAACAAGCUUCUGGUACAGCUGGCGCAAGAGGAACAAGAAAGAAGGUUUCAGAUACUACUCCUAGAAGAAGAUCUGCCAGGAAUGCUAAAACAGAAACUUUGAGUCCGUCUCAGAGUUCACCAAAAUCUAGCAAUUCUGGAUGUGAGGCCAGUGGUGAUGGUAGCUCAUUUGUGAGUGCUUCUUCUGCUGAAUCCGAGAAGCUGCCUCCAAAACGGAAAGCUAAAAGAGGAGUUAAACAGCAGGAACCUUUAGUUAAAAAGAAACUGAGAAGUUCUGGACGUUAUGGAAAACCAUCUAGUGACCUAGUAGAUGAUGAAUCUGAUACAGAGGUAACUGCAGUAUUAGAUAAAGACAAUUCACCAGACAGUGAAAAUACCACGUGUGACUUGAGUCACAAAAAUGAUGUAGAAACACAGUCUGCCAAUGGCUUGGAAAACUCCAAGGACUGUGUAGAAUGUAAGGAAGAGCCUACAGGAGAUCCUGGUGAAGGGCAGGCUACUUUAGAUACUGGACCAUGUGUUCAAGAUCCUCCUUUGCUCACACUAGGGGGUGACACUGAAAAAUGUAACGAAAAAGAAGACACUGAAUUUGAAAAUAAGAUAUGUUUUAAAAAUGCUUUUGAACAGGUAGAUCAAGCUUCUAAUCUUUCUAUAAAAGAUCUCUGUGAAGAUGUGGUAACACUUACUCAUCAGCCUCAGGAUUUAGAUAGUCCUGUGAAUGAAUUGCCAGGGAAAUUGGAACCUGUGGCAAUAGUAGAUCAGCCUUUGGAUAGUCCUGGGAAUGAAUUGCUGGAGAAAUCGGAAUGUGCUGCAAUAUCAGAUGAUAUAUUAGCUCAUCCUGAAAAUGAGUUGCUGGGGGCAACAGAAACUGUGGCAAUAGCAGACAAGCCAUUGGCUAGUCCUGGAAAUACAUUCCUGGAGGACGUUGAACCUAUGGCAAUAACAGAUGCAUCAAUGCCUAAUUCUAGAAAUGAAUUCCUGGAGGCCCUUGAAUCUGUGGUGGCAGCAGAUGAGCCAGUGCCUGGUCCUAAAAAUGAAUUCCUGGAGGAGCCAGAAUCUGUGGCAAUAGCAGAUGAGCCAGUGCCUGGUCCUAGAAAUGAAUUAUUGGGUGAGUCAGAAUCUGUAGCAAUAGCAGAUGGGAUGUUGGAGAAGCAUGAGAAUGAAACCCCAGAGGAGCGAUUAGCUGGACAUUCUUUUGGGAAUGAAUUACCAGAAGGAAUAGAAUUUGAGGCAGUAGUCGAGCAAUUGGAUUAUACCACAAGCAAAUCACAGGAACUUCCAGUAUCAGUGGAAAUGGAAGAUGCUAAAACUGAAGAAAAAGAAGUAAAUGCACCCACAGAUAAUGAAAAUCUAAAAGGUAAUGAUUUAUUAAUUAGCAUUUCUUCAGAGAAUACAUUUGAUCAAUCUUUGGAAGAGGCUAGAGAAGAAUCCAGUAUUAGUUCAUCACCCAAGAUAUGUACUGAAGAUACUAAACAUUUUAAUGAGGACAAUAAUGAGAUAGUAGCUAUGGAGUGUGACUCAUUUAGCAGUGACCAGAAUGAAUCUCGGAUAGACCAGGCACUAGUGAGUGGCAGUGUAGAGCAAGAGGCAGCCAUCUUAUGCCAUGAAACUGAAAAUUCAAUAUCCUUUUCAAGCUCUUCUGACAAGAAAGAAGACAUUGAAGGCUCUGCAGAAUUUAAAAAAGAUAAAAAGACUCGAACUAGAAGAUCAAGAUUUCAUUCUCCAUCAACAACUUGGUCUCCAUCCAAAAGAGAGGGGAAAAGAUCUCAAUCUCCAUCUCCCAAAAGGGAAAUUGUGGCUGAAAGCAGGUUGUCUAGAUCUCCCAAAAGGGAAACUUCCAAAGAAUAUCGAAGAUCUCGAUCACAGUCUCCAAAAAGAGAUCCUCUGAGAGAAGAGAAGAAAUCUCCAUCCUGUUCUCCUAAAAGAGAUCCUCUGAGAGAAGGGAAGAGAUCUCUGUCCCCGUCUCCAAAAAGGGAUCCUCAGAGAGAAGGGAAGAAGUCUCCAUCUUUUUCUCCAAAAAGGGAUUGUCUGAGAGAAGGAAGGCGGUCAUCUUGGACACGAGUUAAAGAAUCCUCUCCAAGGCACAAAUGUAGAUCUCAAAGCAGGGAUAGAGAUAGUGAAAAAGAUGGGCAAAGAAAAGAUCACGAAAGAGAGAGAGGUAGGAGGAGAUGGUCACAGUCACGGUCAAGAUCUCGAUCUAGAUCAAGAUCCAGAACAAGAGGCAAAGGCCCUUCGUUCCCUAGAAAUGAGAGGGAUGGUUAUUCACCGCCCAGGUGGAAAGAGCGGUGGACAAACGAUAGCUGGAGAAGUCCCAGAGGAAAUGAUAGAUAUAAAAGAAAUGAACAGGAAAAGCAGACUGAGAGUAUGAAGAGAGAGAGAGACAGUUCAAACAAAGAUGUUGACAAGCCAUGUUAUUCUGACCAGUAUAGAAAAGAUUAUCCAGACUGGGUUAUGGAAAGGAUAAAUUCUGUUCCCGAAACAAGGAACAGAGAGAGGGACAAUUUUAAAAAUCAACAGUGGGAAGAAAAUAGGCACAAUAAUUCAGGGCCUCCAUGGAAUAGAAAUUUUGGAUCAGGUUGGAAUUCUAAUCGUGGCAGAGGUGGCCGCAGUAGAGGUGGCCGUGGCAGAGGUGGCUUUACGUAUGGAGAUCAGAGUGAGAAUCGCUGGCAAACUAAGAAGCCCCACUCGGGGAAUGCAAAUACUUCUGGAACUGAAAGUUCAAGGUUUCCAGAGCAUCAGCCAUACAAACGUAAGACGGAACAGGAUUUCUCUUUUGAUACUCCUGCUGAUAGGUCUGGAUGGACAUCUGCAUCAAGCUGGGCUGUAAGGAAGACUUUACCAGCAGAUGUACAGAAUUAUUAUUCAAGAAGAGGAAGAGGUUCUACAAGCCCACAGUCUGGAUGGACAAAACCAGAGGAUGUAGCACCUGAGCAAGAUCCAAACUUCAAAGACCAAGCCAACCAACAAGGUGAAAGUUCUCAACUACCAAUAAAUGUGCUGCAGCCACAGAUGAAUGUAAUGACACCAGUAAAUACGCAACAUCAGCCUAUGAGUAUCUUCCCGUAUCCAAUGAGUGUUCCUGGCCCUAUUGUGAAUAUUCAGCACAAUCCAUUUAACCUUCCUCCACCAGUGCCCAUGCAUCUUCAUACAGGAGUACCUCUUGUCCAAGUAGCAGCUUCAGCCAGCGUGUCUCAGGGACCACCUCCACCACCACCACCUCCACCACCAUCUCAGCAGGUUAACUAUGUUGCUUCACAACUAGAUGGAAAGCAGUUGCAGGCUAUUCCUAGUACUUCCCAUGUUGCCAACAACAUGAGUACAGCCCUCUUGCCUGCUCCAACAGCAGCUCUGGGAAGUGUGGAAACAGUUCAGGGACCAAAUUCUGGUAAUGCAACAUCGUCAAGUAACAUCAAAUCUUCUAAUGCUGCUGUAAAAUUGGCUGAAAGCAAAGUAAGUGUAACGGUGGAAGCCAGCGCAGAUAGCUCGAAGAAAGACCAGAAACUGCUAAUUCAGGAAAAAGCUGCACAAGAAGUGAAGCUUGCUAUUAAGCCUUUCUAUCAAAAUAAAGAUAUUACUAAAGAAGAAUAUAAAGAGAUUGUGAGAAAAGCAGUAGAUAAAGUCUGUCAUAGCAAGAGCGGGGAAGUGAAUUCUGCAAAAGUGGCUAAUUUGGUAAAAGCUUAUGUGGACAAAUACAAACAUUCACGGAAGAAAAAUCCAGAAGAAGCAGUUUUUGUGGAAAGGAAAUAAGUGUAGACUGAAAAAUGCCAUCACGAUGUCUGCAAAGUGCAAUUUUGACAUGGACUAUUACCUAAAAAUAGUGGGUUGAAAUAUGAUUUUGAUAAAAUUAUUUUUCGAUAUAGUGUAUAAUGUUUUGUUAUAAAUAAAUAUAGAUCAAUGCUGCAACUUCUUUAUCCUUUUUCUAAAGGAUAUGUAAAGAGAAACUAAAAGGAAUAAAGGAGAGUGCCCCUCAUAUUAGUAAUAUACAAUUGUGUUGAAUGCCACAUGUACAGCAUUUUGGUUCAAACAGUAGUGUAUAAACACAGUUGUUUGUCAAAAUACAGUGAUUUGGACAGAUAUGUACAAUAUAUGUAAAUCAGUCGGGAAAAGAUUCAAAGGAGAUUUUUUUUAGUCCUUCUGCCACUGCCCCUCCCCUUUUUUCAAUCCCAAUAAAAUUAAGUGUUUUGCCUCACUUUACAGGCUCAAAAUGUGUGUUUAAAAAGCACACUGUUUGUGAAUGGAACUACUCACAAAAAAUAUACAAAAGCAAAAUUUGUUGCCCAAAAUUAUGGGCAUAAUUUUCCUAUUGUAACACCAAAUAAAGGCUAUGCUGCUUCUUGUUUUGUGGCUUUUAGUUCUUGGUUUAAGUUGUUAGAUUUAAUAAAAGUUCUAAAGGCAUGGUGCAGGCAACCAAAACUGGCGCUAAAUUCUCAACCUAUUUUGAGGAAAUGACUUUUGAGUACUCCUAUGAGUUUGAAAGAUAUUCUGUGCUUGAUUUUUGUAUUUGGGCACUAAUUGUCUAAUUUUAGUUUUGUCUGGUAUUCUAUACAGUACGCUUUGUUUUUAUCUUCCGUCAUCUUGCGAAAAAUAUUUUGCUUUUUGUAAGAGAUGUAUUGGGUAAACAAGAGCCUUAGCUAAAUUACCUGUGGCAUACUAUUAUCAGCUUUGGUGUACUGUAAGCAGCUGUCUGUCAUAGGCAUGCAAAGUAAAAGCUGAUUAUAACAAGGAUUCUACCAUGACAAAGGCUGCAUAAUAGAUUACUAUACUCAUUCCAUUAUGACCUCAUACUAGUAUAAUGCUUGAGGCCUAGUCUUAUAUGGAAUCUUAUAUUUGAGUUGAUCUUAAAAGCAUUAUACAGUGGGUGGUGGUGGUGAAGGUAGUGCAAUUGCUGGAUAGGGAAUUAUUCAACAUAUUGCACUUCUACUUGAAGUGUCUUGGUUGAACUUGUUCUGAUUCUUCCAAGGUGUAGAGAAGUUACCACUAGCUCCUUCAAGAAUAAUGAUCAACUAAGGAAAUAAGGGGCCUUGGUUUAAUACUUCUUUGAAACAAAGUGCUAUUACAGAGCAGUUAAUCCUCCCGGUGUUUCAUUGUAGUGGCCAUGGUGUGUACCACAGGUGGUACACAGGUUGGUUGGUUGGUUGGUUGGUUGGUUGUUUAAACAGAUGAGACAAACCAUUUAGUGAUAAUUUCCUAAGAGUCCUGUGGUUGGUGGCAAGCUCCCCAGAAGAUCCACGGCUGAGUAGAAAAAGAACAUGGAACACAACUGUCUAAACAGUUACUUCACUUUAUUUUGCAGACAAUGACUUGUUUGGCUGUAUUUUGUGUGUAACUAAAGAUAAUAUUUAUCUUGUGGAA